GUUCUGCUGCUUUCAUGUGCAGAAGAUUUAGAAUGUGUCCCUGGAUUCCAGCAAAAGGUUUUUUAUAUUGAACAGCCGUUUGAAUUCACAGAGGACCAGCCAGUUCUGAACUUGGAUUUUGAUGACUGCAAGGGGAAUAACAAAUUGAACUUCGAAGUUUCUAACCCAGACUUUAAAGUGGAACGUGACGGGUCUUUAGUUGCACUAAAGAAUAUAUCAGAAGUUGGCAGAGCCUUGUUUGUCCACGCGCGGUCUGAGCAUGCCGAGGAUAUGGCAGAAAUUUUGAUUGUUGAAGCAAAUGAAAAACAUGAUGCAUUAAAGGUAAGAUAA